GGCAGGCUCUAACUCCAACCCAAUGAGCUCGCAGCCCUUACACUCACACACAUACACACACACACACACACACACACACAGACACACACACACACACACACUCUCUCCUCAGCGCCGGCUCUCGCUCUCGCUUCAACCCUGGGACACAGAGGAAGAAGGAAGAGAGGAGAGAGAGGCAGCGGGUGGCAGAGUGGGAGAGUGAGGGCGAGGGAGUAAGAGAGGAAAGAGGGAGAGAGAGGCAGAGGGAGACUGGUGGGGUGUAAGGGAGAACACCAUGGCUUCAGAUCCGGGGCUGGCUGCGAUGCUGCUAUGGACUAUAUCACUACAGGCUCUGGGCACAGCGGGAACUAACAGCAACGAAGUGAAUCUACUGGACACCACGACGAUCACUGGAGACUGGGGCUGGCUAACGUAUCCGUCGCACGGGUGGGAUGCCAUUAAUGAGAUGGAUGAGUACUUCAGUCCCAUCCACACUUACCAGGUCUGUAAUGUGAUGAGUCCCAGCCAGAACAACUGGCUGAGGACAGGCUGGAUCCCCCGAGAAGGAGCCAGGAGGAUCUACAUUGAGGUCAAGUUCACCCUGAGAGACUGCAACAGCAUGCCCGGAGUACUGGGCACCUGCAAGGAAACCUUCAACCUGUACUACUACGAGUCUGACAGAGCGGUGGGCUCAGCCAUACGGGAGAACCAGUUCAUUAAGAUUGACACCAUCGCUGCUGAUGAGAGCUUCACGGGGGUGGACCUGGGAGUCCGGAGACUUAAACUCAACACUGAGGUGCGAGGUGUGGGCCCUCUGAGCAGGCGAGGCUUCUACUUGGCCUUCCAGGACAUUGGUGCCUGCAUCGCCCUCACCUCGGUGCGGGUCUACUACAAACGUUGCGUGGGCGUGAGCCGCAACCUGGCUGUGUUCACUGACGUGGUGACGGGCGCUGACUCGUCCUCUCUGGUGGAGGUCAGGGGUCAGUGUGUGGAUCACGCUGAGGAGAGGGACACGCCCAAGAUGUACUGCAGCGCCGAGGGAGAGUGGCUGGUGCCCAUCGGGAGGUGUGUGUGCUCCGCCGGAUUCGAGGAGCACAGAGACUCCUGUGUGGCCUGUGAGGUGGGUUUCUAUAAGCCGGUGGCGGGCGAUGGCCUGUGUGGUAAAUGUCCUCAACACAGCCACUCAGAGACCAGAGCCGCCCUCUCCUGCCCCUGCGACUCCAACUACUAUCGAGCAGCGGAUGACCCGCCAGCAGCUCCAUGCUCCCGCCCUCCAUCUGCUCCAGUAAAUGUCAUUUCCUCUGUCAAUGGGACAUCUGUGAACUUAGAGUGGGAUCGCCCUCUGGAUACCGGAGGUCGCAGCGACCUGCAGUACAGCGUGUUGUGUCAGAAAUGCUCGGGGGAAGGAGGGCCCUGCGAGGACUGCGCAUCCUCGCCAGGGGGAACUGGCAAUGGAGGGAAAGCAGGUGGAGUGGCGAGCAUCGGGGCCGGGGGAGGUGGGAUGGUGGAGCGGUUGGGGUCUGCGGCAGUUCGAUUUGUCCCCCGCCAGGCCGGGCUGACGGAGCCCUGGGUGACGGUGCUCAACCUGGUGGCCCACACCAACUACUCCUUCCGCAUCCUGGCCAUGAAUGCGGUGACACACCUGAGCAACGAGCCGUCACUGUACGCCCUGGUCAACAUCACGACAAACCAGGCAGCUCCCUCCGAAGUGUUAGCCAUCCGCCAGGAGAACACCAGUCAGAACAGCGUGACGCUGCUAUGGCACGAGCCCGACCAGCCCAACGGAGUAAUUCUGGAGUAUGACAUCAAAUACUACGAGAAGGAUAAUGAACAGCAGAGUUACUCCACUCUGAAGUCUAAAAAUACCAGCGCCAGAGUGUCAGGGCUGAAGCCGGGCACCAAGUACAUCUUCCAGGUCCGAGCCAGAACAUCAGCAGGCUGUGGACGCUUCAGCCAGAAUGUGGAGAUUCAGACUGGGAAAGCAGCUCCCCUGCGCUACAACACCAUGACCAUCAUAUGGAUCUGCAUGGCCCUGGUGUCCGGCCUCGUGACCUUUCUGGCCAUCAUCAUCUGCAGGAAACGGCAAGGCUACACUUUACCACACUACCCAUCGCUGCUACACUGUGGCUACAGCAAAGCCUUCCAGGAUUCCGACGAGGAGAAGAUGCAUUACCAGAACGGUCACGUGUCAUUCCCCGACGCAAGGUUCUAUAUCGACCCUCACACAUACGAGGACCCCUGCCAGGCGGUCCACGAGUUUGCCCGAGAAAUUGAAGCUUCCAGGAUCAAAAUAGAGAAAAUCAUUGGUUCAGGGGAAUUUGGGGAGGUGUGUUACGGGCGUAUGAGGCUUCCGGGGAAAAGAGACAUCCCAGUGGCUCUGAAGACGCUGAAGGCUGGAUACACGGAGAAGCAGAAGAGGGACUUCCUGGCUGAAGCGUCCAUCAUGGCCCAGUUUGACCACCCCAACGUCAUCCGCCUGGAGGGCGUGGUAACACAGAGUAAACCGGUGAUGAUCAUCACAGAGUACAUGGAGAACGGCUCUCUGGACUCUUUCCUCAGGAGACACGACGGCCAGUUCACCAUCAUCCAGCUAGUGGGGCUGCUGCGCGGCAUUGCGGCCGGUAUGACCUACCUGUCUGACCUGGGCUACAUCCACAGAGACCUGGCUGCCCGCAACAUCCUGGUCAACAGCAACCUGGUGUGCAAGGUGUCUGACUUCGGCCUGUCCCGAGUGCUGGAGGACGACCCCGAUGCUGCAUACACCACCAGUGUGAGUUUUCACAUUGAGGGUGGGAAAAUUCCAAUCCGCUGGACAGCCCCGGAGGCCAUUGCCUACAGGAAGUUCUCCUCCUCCAGUGACGUGUGGAGCUACGGCGUGGUCAUGUGGGAGGUGAUGUCGUACGGAGAGCGACCAUACUGGAACCUCACCAACAGAGAUGUGAUCAAAUCUGUGGAAGAGGGCUACAGGCUGCCUGCUCCUAUGGGCUGCCCCGCUGCUCUACACACACUCAUGCUGGACUGCUGGCAGAAGGAUCGCAACGAGAGGCCGCGCUUUUGCCAGAUAGUCACCGUUCUCGACAAGCUAAUCCGCAACCCAGAGAACCUGAAGUCUAUGGACACGCUCUGCAGUUUAAACAGUCCUCCGCUGAUGGAGAGAGCUAUCCCCGACUUCAGUAGCUGUAGCUCAGUAGACGAGUGGCUGGACACUAUAAAGAUGGGCCGCUACAAGGAGCACUUUGCAGCAGGGGGGUACCACACUCUGGGACACGUCAUAGGCAUGAACCAAGGGGACAUCCAGAGGCUCGGGGUGACACUGAUGGGCCACCAGAAGAAGAUCAUGACCAGCGUCCAGCUGAUGAGGGCGCAGGUGCUCAACAAGAGUGUGCCGUCAGUGCACGUAUAACUCCAACGCUGAGGUUUCUCUCUGCUGAAAUGUAGAAACCAAGGCUUCUAUAAGGUCUAGAGGGACUCCACGGGAAACAAGAUGAUCAGAUAAAAGGGAGAAGAAGAUGUUUGGAAACUUUACAAGACUUUUUUUCCUUGACAGAUUGAAGAACAAAACGUGAAAGGUUUUAACUAUGGAGCAAGUAAACAUGACUUCUUAAGGACAAGUCCAACCUUUCAUUUUUUUCCUAUCCGAUUACAUUUUCUGAGUUUAAAUGUCUUGUUUAUAAAUGGAAAGACUGCCUUAAUUACCACAAAUUAUUUUAAUUUUAUUGUCUACAAAGAGAAGAUAAUUUAUCAAUCAUGAAUUUAUCAGAGUAAUAUGAUUUACGGAACCGGGCAAUAGCAAAGAGUACAUGGAUUGAUGUAUAGGGUUGGGAUGGGGAUGAGGGUGUUUUCAAAAUGUUCUGAUGACACUCGCUGUCUCUCCUGCUGUAACAGCUUGAGGAGGACGAGGCCCAGAACGAGGGUGGUGUCGGAAAAAAAAGUGGAGAAAAGUGAGAUAGGGUUCACCCGAGUUGCCAGAUCGUCUCCACAGUGGAGAAGACCUAUUUCACCCCAGGCUAUUAAUACCAACAACAGGCACAUUUCUCCGCGGUCCAACCUUGAUGAAUGACCCCAAGAGAGCCCUAGAGCCCUCUGCCCAGUCUGAAGCUGCGCAGCGCACAACUACGUACUAGAAAGAUGUGUAUGAUUCAGUUACAGUGCACUUUAUUCUACAAUCUCUCUGUGUUGUAGAGGCUUUGCAGUUGUGUCACAAAUCUCCUCACAGCCACAGCUGGAGCCACAAUGUUGGUCUGUUGAAGAAUUAGCAGUUUGAAAAUAUUACAUGAAUAAUUAAUAACUAUACAUUAUAAAACCCAACCUAGCGAUGUAAGUAGUUCGCUCUUGGCAUUUCUUUCCAAAUUUCCUUCCCUUGAACAGUAAACUGAAAGGAAGAUAUAUUCAAAAUACACACAGUAUGCGAUUAGUUAUGCACACAAAAUACUUUUGGCCAUUUCAAGUAUUGCCAUAAAUAAUGCAGCUGAUACAUUUUCAGUAUGUUUCUUGUUUAUUCCAAAUGCACUGCUGUUUAAAAUGCAUUUUAAAUCAGGUUCAAAUGUAGAGCAAAUAUAUUUUAAAUGCAUUUCAACUACUGCAAACCUAUUUAUGCUAUGAGUGUGGACAUUCAUUAUUGACCGGGGAAAAAGUAGUUUAAUAAAUUAACCUUUACUAUAGGCACACUUACUAGCAUCUUUUACUGGUGAGAUGGGGAUGAAGGCCCCAGAUAAAGAAACUAAGAUUAUUUUGUCAACCAAAUUGACUUCUAUUCUUUUUCUAGAUCAAAUAUAUUUAACACUGAUAAGAAAAAAAAUAACCCUUUUUUGAAUAUAUUCUUUACUAUAUACCUUUAUAAUGUGUUCAGAGCAUGUCAGGCUACAUGCUUAUUCUUGUUUACUUUCAGAUGCAAAAAUACAUUUUCAAGGCAUUUUUGAAAUGCAUUUGCAAGAUAUUGGAAAUAUAUAAUGGCCAGGAGAGUGCUAAUUAGCAAAAUAGAUAUUGAUUUUUAGCUUAUAGUAAUAGCCAAUUCUUUACAUUUUUUUUAGCUGUGUCUGCUAAGAAGCUGCCGUCAAUGUAAAAUGACAACUAGAUGCUAACUUUAGCUUCUGCUACACUGUUUACACUACAACAGGAGUGUGCUAACUAGCAAAUUAGCAGAUAUUGAUUUGUUAGCUAAUGUUUGCUAAAAAAAAAAAAAAAACAAAAUCAGACAUGCAUUUUGUGAAAAAAAAUAAUAAUGAAAAGCAGCACAAAAUUUAAAUAUCUGCUAAAUUCUGUUUUAACAUUUAACACCACCUGUUUACAGUGAUUGUUAAGGCCUCCAAUAUGGCUGCCAGUGUCCCACCAAGCACACAGUGCUAGCUAAAUGUAGUCUCUGUGGUGACCAUCACUAAACAAAAAAAAGUUGUUAAAAAAAUUGACAGUGUCACAAUUUACCAUAAAGCAGCCAAUAACUGCCAAACCUGGAAAAAUUUGAAUAACAUUUUUAUAUUUCCUAAAAUAAUCCCUUAAAUGUUAAUCCUUAAAAUACCUUAAAUAUUAAUCCAAUAUUAAUAUACUAUACAUCUUUUUAGAUUUCUACCAAAAUUAGACAUAUAUUAAGGUGGACUGUCCAGUAUCCCCAAGUUGGUGUUUCAACAUUUGCAUAACAUUUUGCUGGGAGGGGUGUGUUGCACCUGGAAGCCUUCUUAUUCUCUUGGCAUUUAUGAACAAAACCAUAUAGAAGUUUGUUUAUUAUUCGGAACUAUAGUUCAUGGGAUCAAUGUCAGCACUAAUACUAAUCGGUGCAAUAAUUCUGCACCCCAGAGUACAUAUCUGAACACAUUUCUAUUGUGAAUGCUGGGAAUAAAGUACACAUAAGCUACGCAGACUGUAAAAUAAAGUGUAACUUCUGAUUAAAUGUGAUUACACUGUUUGCCUCAGUGUUGAUGAAAAAGGUGAAGACGAACAUGUAAGUAGAAUGUUUAUAUCUAAAUGCUCUCAAAAGUACAUAAUCAGCCCUAAUUUAAACCCCCCUCUGUGCCAUCAAGAGAAUGUCUUUUCUCGUGCACCUCGGUAGGUUUUCCUCUAGAUGGUUGAUGUCAGUUUUUAUUAGAGAAGAACCUCAUGAUAUUUCUUGAAUAUGUAUUAUAGUGACAUUUCACUACUGAUUUCAAAAGAUUUUUUUUUCUUUAGGAUGAUUUUGAAGACACUGGACUUGAACUGAAAACCCAUAUUUUAUAAAGUUAGGAUAUGUUUUUGCUAGAUGAAUUGAUUUAUAAUGUAUACAGAAAGUUCAGUCACUGGAAGGAAGAAAAAAAAACUACAGCAACCGGAUUUAUUCACUUUUCAUUAUUUAUUCAUGUUCAUUUGUUUUCCAAAUAAUACAACUCUGAGAGGUUUUAUUACAGUUGAUGAAUCAUCCUUGUUGCUAAUGAUAAAUCAUAAAUGUGCAAACUGUCCAUAAAUACACAAUAAAGGAACGUUUGUCUGUG